AACAAGGAGAUCUGUUCCUGCGGCCAAGCACUCGGGGUCUAGUCUUUACUUCCCGAACUGUCUGCUAAUGUCUCUUUUCAGCCGGCGUGAAGGACAAUAGGAGUGUAUUCGAGAAUCUAAGGCGUCGAAUUAACCAGGGAGUUUAAUUAUCAAACUGCAUAAUGACGACACAAGGAAGCAGUCUCUUUGCACCUAAUUAUGGACAAGAGCCAGAAUGGGGACAAGAGAGGCCCAUAACUUUCGAAGAUCUUGGAAUACCACGAUCCCAGGCCAUGCGAGCUACAGUAUUUGGAAAUAUAAGAACGUGUCAAAGCCUGAGACCUUUGGAAUGGAUUCUCCUUGUGGGUGGCCUCCUGUCAACGCUAGGAACAAUUGGAUUAGCGAUAUACAGAUUGUUUUAUCUGCCUCCAGGAUCUCAGGAUUAUGUGUUUGCCAUGCUAAUAAUUUUCCAUUCAGCCUUCUGUAUUAUAUACAUCGUAGAUGGGGUAUUUCGGGAGCAAGCUUUUGAAGUCCUUGCUUUUGUAGCAUCAUGCAUAAUAUUGAUAGUCUACGUUGUGAUUAACUAUGCCAAGGAAUCUUCCACUUCUGAUACUUUCAAACUGGUACGGCUUAUCUUGACUCUGGUAUUUGGCACCAGUUUGGGCACCAUUGGGACUUUCCUCGGCUACAAUUAUUGGCAGUCAGGAAACCUCAUUUUUAGAACCGUUGGUGCAGAUAGCUCCAUCCAGGCUAUGUGUAGAGUACUUUUUACAACAGUGACCUUAAUCCUGUUUGACAUUCAGAUUGUGGGGAGCGUGGUAAUCAUGGCUAUGCAUCACAGGCUGUCGGAGCUUGACCUUGAGGAAAUUCUGACUGUAACUGUGGGAGCUCCAAUGUUGCUUGCAUGGGCGACCAUUGCGUACUUAGCACUACGUCUUGAGAGCAGAUAUUUCUUCAGCAUUGCUAUGGUUCUCAGUCCAGGUCAUGUCGCCUACCUCAUCUUAUCCAUCACACAAACUGCAGUCAAGCAUGAGACAACUCUCAUUGCUCAGUGCCGUUAUGCAGCCAGUGCAGGAAGUUUAAUAGUACAUUUGAUCUUAAUUAUUCUUAUGGUCAAGUGUUACAGGAACUUUGGCUUAGGACUCAAAGAAAAGGUGUACCCUCCAAGGACAAAUGAAGUCAGGAUUCAAGAGGACCUGGUUCAGUAGUGUCUGAUGGCUUGCCCUUAAUGAUAUUAUAUUUAUGUUGUAAGGGUUUGUAGAUUCCAAUGAGAAAAAUGCAAAAAUUAAUUUGAGAUUGCUAUAAUUGAAUGCCCUUGUUCAUACUGAUAAUGGAUCAAGGGGAGUUUGGUGUAUGAAGAAUCCAUGAUAGUUAUUUUGAAUACUGCAAAAAGGAUAUGUUGAAAUAUAGAAUAUUUCUAAAACUGACUUAGAUUUUAUCUUAGAUUUUAUAUAUCAUAGAGUGAGAUAAGUAAUGAAUUAGGAAGAACUAAAAAUUAUGUAUUUUGAACUAUUUUAUGUGAGUUAUGUUUUAUGCAGGCAUUAGUAGUACACUUUGUAAAUUAUUAAUUUAAAUUAAGAUUUUUUAGGCAUUGAGUAGAAUUAUACUGCAAAUGGAAUAUUGAUCUAGUCUGAUUUCAGUUUGAUAGAUGUACUCUUAGGUCUGUAGAACUGGGUAUACAGUUCACAUAUUGCUUUAUGAUAUUUAUGAGCUGUGAAUAGAGAUAUAAAGUUGUGUAGCUUGGUGCUAUAGGUAGAUAGAUGUAUGUAUCUAUUGAAAUAGAUGGUAAAUGAAAAACAUUACGAGUUAAAGGAGUUGUCUUUGUAUUCACUAAAAUACCUGGGACAAGUAUGCUCACUACUAAUUCACUCACCUCAUAAUACUCACAGUCAGUCUCUGUUAGAUUGUCUUGGUUUCACUGAUGAUUGUUCAUCCACACACUAAUUUGUCCAAUGUUUAUUAAAACCCACAUUUUCAUUCAGGUGUUAUAUAAAAGUAUAUUUUGCUAUUGCACUUCUGUUUUGUAUUUGUUUGGUUAAUCUCUCUUAUUGUUGGACAGUGCCAUAUUCAGUGACUGGCACUUAUUAGUUAUUGAAUCAUUAAUCCAUUUACCUGUGUUUUUCAUUUUUACUCCAUUAACAUACUUUAUUCAUCUUUUUUUUUAAGUAGGAGAUUAUUAACACAUUUUUGCAUUAUCAUAAUUUUUUCUUAUCUAUAUAAAAAGACAUUUAAAUACAUACACUCAUGUAUGGAACAACCACACUAUUCAUAUCUUAAUUUCAUUUCAUAUUUCACACCACAUUAGAAAAUAUCACUGUUAGUCACUCACACUUGUCUACCUGUCCUGAGAUUUUGAUUCUACCCUGAUUUAUUAUUGUGUGAUAUCUGAACUGUCUAUCUAUUUCAGGGUAAAAGAGGCACUGUGCUAUUUGUAUAACAUUCCUUGCCUAUUUUUAUUCUGUAAUAUUAAUAUGUGUUGUUUUAGGACCAUGUAGUAAGCAAAGAAAAAAAUGAUUGAGAUAAUGGUUAUGAAUACCUUCUGUGAAGGGUGUCUUUGGCCCUUUGAAAGGGAAACAUUAUUAGGUGAUAGUUUCUUAGUGGAGAGACCUGAUGUAUAAUAGGAAUAAAAGUCAUCAUUAGUUUGGGUGAAUUGAUAGAACAUGGGUAGUACAAUAUCAUCUGUUUUAUAUGAUCCUUCUGCAGCAUUUUAAAAUGAGAAAGAAUUAACAUUUUAGAAUAGGAAACAAAAGUAGAAACAGUUGUAGAGUGACACUGAUUUUAGGCUUCAUUUGUUGGAUUUACUUCCAGAUGCCGAUUUUGCUGACGUGUAUGUUGCUUUUAAAUAAUUCAUUUGUGAUUUCUAUAAUUUAAGUUUUUGAGCUUGGAAAUAAUAUUCAUCUUCAGCACAGAUGUUAAGCAGUAUAUACAAGGCUGGGAAAAUAUAAUUGGAUACCAGCAAGUUGCCAUAUGCACUAGAGUUAUAUAAUCGUUGGAAUUUUAUCAUAAAUUUUUAUCUAGAAUACUUCACUUAGUUCUUAGCAAAGCAUUCCCAAAUUCAUAACUUUAGUCAGUAACCAGUCAGAAUGGAUAAUGGCUGUAAGGGCAGUGAAUGUUUCUAUUAUCAUGAUUUUUCAGAAGUAGCCAGUCCUUCACUUACAAGUGCUUUUAAAAGUGUUGUAAAUUCUCCUGUGCGAUCUACUGAUUUUGUUUCAGAGAUGGGGAAUAUGUGUGUGUCUGUGAAUAUAUUUGUUAUGUAUGUGUGCAUGCAAGUGUCAGUGUAUAGGGAGAGAGAGAUAUUCACAUGUGCACAUUUGUGUGUCAUACUGACAAAUCCAGGCAUGAUCAGAAUUCAGUUGACAGGAGAAUUCCAUGUCAGAUGCAUAGUUUGCAUUGCAUAUCUUUUCAGAUUUGCAUUCGCAGAAAAAAACACCACAUGUAAAGGAAGGUUAUUUUCCACUUCACAUCCUGUUCCUGACUUGAAGUUGGUCUUUUCUCUGUUUUACUGCAGAUUAUACAGGCUUUUGUCAUUAUUAGUAUUUGUUUACUUCAUCAAGGUAUUGACUCCAUAGAAAUGUAUAUAUUUUUUUUCUGCCUCCUUCUAUUUUCAUAUUUAUUAAGUGUGAUGAUAGCCAAGUGUAAACAAAAUAAAUAAACCGUAUUGUGAUUUGGCAGUGACCAUAGGAUUCUUCUUUCAGUACAAUUUUCUAUAACUUGGUGAUCAUGUUUCACUUGUUUCCUUCUCUUACAAUUUUCUUAUAUCUUAAAUGUACAGAGUAUGCCUGUAAUACUAUAAGUUUACUAUGAAAAUUAAAAGCUUGAUUAUAAGAAUGAUCAUAGCACUUUUAUUCAGCAUACAUAAAGAAACUUAACUGUUUGUCUGUGUUCUUCAGCUACAAAUAUAGGAAGUGAUAGUUACCAGCAGUAGAUUAUGAAUACCUUCAUUAUGCUGUAUGAACAUUAAAGGAAACAGAGAAUGAACUUCAAAAAAAUGUAUGAUCAUGUGGUAAUUUUAUUUUAAGUUAUGGGAUUUGUGCUAUUUAGCAGAUUUAAAAACAGCAUUACAGAAAUCCCAACACCUAUUACAGACGUUUGUUUACACCAUUGUGUAUGUUGUAGGCAUUGAUUUAUGCGAAGCCUAUUUAAGUUGACUUGUUUAAACAUCUAUGUGAUGACUUUUAUGAAGUACGGGAAGGUUGAAAUCUGUUAUGGUUUGUCAAUAAUUUUAAGAUAUAUAAAUAAGGGUACACAGUAUUUUUGUAUACCAUUGUGCAUUUAUUGCAAGUAAAUUUUCAGCCAUGCAUACAAACCAUUGGCAGAGGAUUUGGUCCUACACAGGUACCCCCAAAACGGCUAUAUAGUUAUUUUUUGUAAAGGGAGUGAUUGUUUAUAAUCCAUCUAUUUAAUGUAAUUUACUUAUUCAGUAAUGUAUCCAAGUUUAUUACUUAUUUUGGUUUGUUGCCAUUUCUGGGAUGCCCUUUAUGGAAAAGGUUGAAGAAAUAAGGAUUUUGUAAUUUAUAUAAAGAAAAAAACUAAAUGUAAUUUUGGCCUUUUCAACUAUUAUUCAGUCAAAAGAAUAAUGAAUUAUUAAUAUUUCAAGUAAUUUAUAGUAUAUUAAGUAUGUCUAUCCAUCAUAUGUUAAAAAUGGACUUCAUUAAUGAGUACUUGUAACCAGUUAAAAGUCUUAUGUAUGUCCUGUAUAACAUUCAUAGAGGAAGUUGGUGAGAGGCCAGACAUAUGCAUUUGACUGUGUUGUAUGGUUGAUUUUUGUGUUUGCAUUUAUGUAUUUUUCAGACUUAAUUAUAUGUAAUCCACCCUGAGUAUUUUAUGAAAUUAAGAAUUCAUUAAGCGAUAACAUGUAUACAAAUGUAAUGUGUUGUAAACAGUUAUAAAUACCAUCAUUACUCCACUUCUAAAUUUAUUUGCCAAAAAGUGCCUGUCACUACAUCCAUUUGGAAGACCGCUCCAAAACUACUAGGGGUAGCUCAGACAGUACCUGUUAAAAAAUAGUACAAAUAGAUUCAAAGUUCCACAGGGCAGUGCAUUAGUACUGUUGGUACUCUAUUUGCAGCACUUAUAUCUUUGUUUUGUCAUUAUGUUUUGGUAUCAAUACUGCUAGAGAGACUCCACAAUUAGUUUUAGGAGCAGUUUUCCUAGUGAUUGCAAUAAUUGGUACUUUCACAUAUAUAAAUUUUGAAGUGGAUGAUGAUUUAGUCCUAAGUACCAGAGGUACUUACCAACUCUGCUUGUAAUUGGAAUGUAUUAUAAUCUUAGUUUAUGGCCAUGAUAAGUCAUUGUUAUGAAUCUUCUGAUAUUAGGCUUGCAUUAUUUUCCUUUUCCACUUGCAAAUUUAUUUACCAAAAAGCACUAGCCACCACAACCUUUUGAAAGACAGCUCCAAAACUAAUAAGGGUAGCUGAGGUAGUACCUGUUAAAAAAUAGUACAAAUAGAUUCAAAGUUUUACUGGGUACUGUUCUUUUUUUGGUAUUCUAUUAGCCUUAUUUUGCCAUUAUGUUUUGGGAUCAGUACUGCUAGAGACACCACUAUUAGUUUAGGGGCAGUUUUCCUAAUAAUGUAUAAAUUUAGAAGUGGAUGGUCCCAAAGUACCAUUGGUAGUUCCUUAGUCUGCCUGUAAAGGGAAUGUAGUAUAAUCUUAGUUUAUGGUCAUGAUAACUCAUUGUUAUUAUUAUUAUUGUUUGGUCCUCUCCCUUCCUAAGAAUUUACAGAAAAGGAUGGAAUUCCUUGUUGAUAUUACAUCUGAUCUAAAGUAUUGUAUAAUUAGAGAUAGUCAUUUUCUUCUCUUAUUUAUUUUGUGAAGUACAAUAAGUACCAGCUCACCAUUUUGUCAUUAAUUUUCUUUUUCUUUAUUCAUGUGAUUUUCUUGAAUGUAAUAUUUUUUUUCUGAUUUCACCUUUAUGAAGGAUAUUUUUGAUAAGAACUGUACUCUGAUUAAUUUAGUUACAACAAGAAAUCAAGUAAUCCUCAAAAUAUUGGGUCUUUUUGGCCAUGAGGAAUUUUGUUGCCAUGUUUUACCACAACAAGUUUUCUUUUAUUGUGUCACCUUUUAAAACAUUCCCCCAUCAUGGUGGUUUCACAUAAGAAAAUUAAAUCUUACAUUUGAAUUGUGUACUUGGAGGAUUUACUUGAUAUCAUGGAAUGUGUCAUUCCCAAUUUCUGCUUCAUGGUUUAUACAGACUUAAUCCUGUGUGUGAUAUUCAAGUUUCAUCAUACUUUUUUCUAUAUUUGUAUGCAUUAUCUUUUAUAAAACAAUAAUCAUAUGAAACAAGGAUAAUCCCAA